CGGGCUCCAGAUACAGCGGAACGCUGAAACCGCUUGCGAAGCUAGAGAAGCUCGAUCGCGGUUAUAUUUUCAUCAAAUUGCAAGUGUGUAUGUGACUUUAGAUUUUUGCGAUCGACAAAAAUUUUUUGGGUGGUUUUGGUAAUUUUGUUUGGGACAUCACAUCAUGGGUUUUUGAUUGGAAGAAAUGGAUCACAGAAAAAAAUGACCCAAACGCCCAUCGCGCCGUCAUGUAAACUCGUUCCUUUCGUUACUAAAACAAACUAUGGCUGAAUUAGCUGGACCGAAUGCCUGGCGACCCUUUACACUUUUACGGGACCAAAACAAUGCGACGUCGAUCCGAAUCGCCUCGGUACUUUUGGGCGGUCCAACGGCCGCGUCGCCGGCUAAUUUCUUUUCCAAUUUCAAAUCGGUAAACCUUCUACCCAACCCCAUCGGUAACCCUACCACUACGGACAUUACCGAUAACGAUGUAUGGUAUCCGGUGGAGUUUCAAGAUAACAGCAGUCUGUACUUUCAAACUCCCGGCGAAAUUGUUAUGUUCACCACGACUGUUAAUUCGUCUCGAAACGGUUCUGAUGGUUUCGAAGAGGCACUGAAUGGUAACAUUAAGGUUACUGUAGAAAUGGUUACUAUGAUUGUCACAGCGGUUUUGUUGGGUCUAAUAAUUUUAGCCACUGUAAUAGGCAAUGUAUUUGUGAUAGCAGCGAUCCUCCUAGAAAGAAACCUCCAAAGCGUCGCCAACUAUCUGAUACUCUCACUUGCCGUAGCUGACCUUCUAGUCGCCUGUUUAGUUAUGCCGCUGAGCGCUGUGCAAGAAGUCAACCAAGAAUGGUCCCUGGGGCCAGAACUAUGCGAUAUGUGGACUUCCAGCGACGUGCUGUGUUGUACAGCAUCAAUUUUGCAUUUGGUCGCCAUAGCUCUCGAUAGAUACUGGGCGGUGACGAAUGUCGAAUACAUCCACCACAGGACGUCGAAACGUAUCGGAAUUAUGAUUUUCGUUAUUUGGACGGUGUCGUUUUUUGUCUGCAUCGCUCCGUUGCUCGGCUGGAAAGAUCCCCAAUGGGAAGAGAGAAUAUACCAGAAACAAUGCCUGGUCAGUCAGGACUUUUACUAUCAAAUAUUCGCGACCGCUUCCUCAUUCUAUUUGCCACUAUUGGUGAUUUUGAUUUUGUACUGGCGAAUAUUUCAAACUGCUCGCAAACGCAUUCGCAGAAGACGACAGAUGAACACUGAAAAAGGAUCAGAGACUGAAAAAAAUCCUGCCAUGACCGGCAUUGCAGGAGGUUUGGCCGCUGCCAGCGGAACCGGUGGAAUUGCUGCAGCUGUAGUAACAGUUAUAGGUCGACCUCUGCCAACAAUAUCGGAAGCCACAACCACGACAGCAUUUACCAACGUAUCGUCGAACAAUUCGAGUCCGGAAAAGACGUCGUUCGCCAAUGGGCUGGAAGCGGACCUGCCCACCACCACCGGAGAAUCGUACGCCACCUACCAACCACAACACCAUCCAGUCAAACGAAAAGCCAGAGACGGGCUGGACUCGAAACGCGAACGAAAAGCUGCAAAAACGCUGGCCAUUAUUACCGGAGCUUUUGUCCUUUGCUGGCUGCCGUUUUUCAUUAUGGCUGUGAUAAUGCCGAUAGACGCCGACAUAUUCGACAAAUACGUAGUGUCGGUGUUUUUGUGGUUGGGCUACUUCAAUUCCACAUUGAAUCCCAUCAUUUAUACCAUAUUCAGUCCAGAGUUUCGGCACGCGUUCAAAAAAUUGCUGUGCGGUCGCAAUUAUGCGCGCAGGAACCGCCAUUUCGGCGUCAGAGGACUUGCAUGAUGGCGGCAAAGUGGUCGGGCGCCUUCGGAUAUAGAGCCGCCGGUGGCGGCACGUUUGGCGGCUAUCGUUUCCGCCCCGGCCGUCGGUACCGGCGUGCCGAAAAACGUGACUUUCAAGUGCGACUGAUCCGAAGACAAACGACCACGCGGCAGUAAUGUAGUUUCGCCUAUCAUGGAGUACGAUAGUGGUAGCAGUAGUACCGAUAGGGUGGUACUAGAAAUGAAGACGCUUAAUGACUUUUGAGGGUGUUGUGCGGAAAAUUUGAUUUUUUGCAAAGAGGUAUUAAUUUAAGUUUUAUUGGGUUUAUUUGGAAUUUUAAUAUAGUGACUUAAUGUAAUGCUGCAUUAUUUUGAGCCAAUAGUGCACGCAUUAUAAUAAUAAUAUUUCCUCAAGUCUAAAAAAAAUAAUAAUAAUGUUAGUUGAUUUUAAGAUUGUCCCUGAAUAAUGACUAUGUUGAGAAAACAAUGAUUUUGUUGUGGAUACUACUAACACGUCAGCAACCUCUUCAGCUUGUUUGAUGUGAUCGUUCAAACUUGGUUCUGAGUAGAAAAAUAUAACGAGACUUCUUCUUUCUACCUUCUUUUCUAUCAAAUCUGGUUAUUCAUCGAAGGCCACUAGGUAAUGCAUUGUGACCAUAAUGAUUUUGUUGAGCACAACUUUGCGAAGUGCAUAUCGCUCUUUUGAUUCUUCUCAGGUGGAUGUCAUUUUGAAAUAUAAAUAAAAAAUGGACUUCGUUCAUACUGGAAAUCUACUUGAAGAUCACCAAACUUUUUCGCAAUAUACAUAUGAUGGAGAAGAAUCAAUGGAUAAAUUGUCAUAGUCUGACUUUUGACAGUGCCGCAUUCUGUUUUAAGUGUGGGUCUCCAAAAUUUUGAUUGAAAACUUCAGACGAAGCGGUUUUCGCCAUCUUCUCAACAAUGGUUGUUUUUUAAAGAUGGGAAGGAAACAAAUCAAUAAGAGUUUGUCUUUAUCAGCUUUCUUAAUUCGAGCAGGCCUCACCUAUACAUGUUUUUCUAAUGAAACCCCACAAUCAGAAUCUUAUGAGAUAAAAAUCCAGUAGUCAAAAGAAAAUAGGACUGUCUGUGAUUUCAUUUCCAGAUCUCAUCUAAGUUUUUUCGACCAAAACUUAUAGGACCUUGUAACUACCUCCCAUACUAUGUAUUGGAUCCAUCUUUUCUUUCAAUGUCAACAUCUCCAAUUUUUUGCGUGAGCUAGAACUCUGAAUUUCCAACAGUAUACAGCUCCAUCAGUAUCAGCCAGUUUCCCAGUAUAUCGAUCAGUUUAGAUCGAAUUGUCUAAAAAGCUUUAUGGUCCGGGGUAUCGAGUAGAUUGUGCUGGUUAGGGUAUUUACUAUUUAGGUUAUGGACCUCUUCGUACUGCGAUAUGAUUAGAUCUAUUUUGCUUCCUCUUAUAUGUAGUAAGUUCCCAGGCUUUUGGUAAAGCCUAUAAUGUUCCUGGGAUUGGCUUCUUUCAUAUCCACAGCCGUUAAGUGGGGUUACUCCAGAUGGAUGAGUCUUCUGUGGCACAAUGCUUCACAGUUGUAAAGUAUGUAUCCCGCAUACUCAGAGCGGCAUUAGUCUGAUUCCGUUUCGCCCGUCUUUUCCAGGUGGUAACCCAGAGGGCAAUGAACCGUAAGGAGGCCUGUGAAGGGAGGCCUGUUAGAUCCCCUUCACUAAGGUCAGUAAUUUCCUUUGCUUUUAUUGACUGGGACGUGGUAUGUUGUUUCGCCUGUUCUUAGUUCUAGAAGCGUCUUCCAGCUUUUUGAGUCUUCCCCUAUUACAUAGCUUUUCGUAAUGCCAAAGAUAGGUUCUGGUCCAAGAAAUAGUGUUGCAGCUGCUUCUCUUGUAAGUUGCUCCGCUAUUUCAUGCCCUGGCACCCAUGACAGGGUGUCUCUAUUGCGAGACGCCAGCUGCUUUAUGAAUUGUUGGCAGUCUCAUACUGUCUGGACAGUGACAGAGCUACUCAGAGCUCCUACUGCUGUAUCUAUAUUUGUAAGUUUGGGAGGGUGGUAUGGUAGCACUUAGGCCACAUUAGACCCAUUGUGCGCCACAAGAGGAGAGGUCAUCCUUAGCUCGUCAUUCAGCCUAGCGAUUCCACGUACGCGAUGACGUCGCCGAGUGCGGUGCCCCUGAUCUCUUCUAGCGAUGGGUACGAUUGGCCUAAUCUGGCUCUGCGUAUUGGCAGAAGAGCAGUGCAGUCACAGAGAAUGUGCUCUAUCGUCUCGUUUUCUUGAUUACAAGCCCUACACAAGGAUGUUGUAGUACUGAGAUGCAAACUAAACAAAUGUUCGUUUAACUGACAGUGGCUAGUCAAGAUGCCCGUUAUCAGGCGUAGCCUCUACCUGUUCAACGACAGCUUUUGGCUUGCUGCAGCUUUAUCUGGAUAGCUUAGUAGUUCCUUGGAUAAGUUGCAGCCAAUCGUAUCGUCCCAGCGCUUUUUGAAAAAGGUAUGGGAGCGUUUUUCUAUCAUAACUUUGGCUGCCGAUAUGGUCAGCCCCACAAAGGGGCCGAUCCAGAAGGCUGUAGCGUGGCGGCCCUUCUGGCUAGAGCAUCGGCAGCCUUUGCUGUGAUCAUGUCCUUUGAUCCAGCUGACUACCACCGUAUUGUUGAUCGACGCCUCUCUGAGUGUACGGUGGUAAUAUUGUGCGAAUUCUGACGUGAGUUGCGGUCUAGAUAGGGCUAGUACUGCUUGCCUGAUGUCCGUGUGGUUGUGCACGAUCUUGUCAGUGAUAUUGUUGCUGACUAUUUGUUCGGCCGAGACGGUUAUGCCAGUAAUCUUCGUUUGGAGGACAUUUGGUAUAUGUGUAUGGCGUAUACUCCGCAUCCCGAGCCUGUUUCAGUUUUGGAGCCAUCAGUGUAGAUGUUACUUACUCCUGCCACUGUGUUGUUUCCAAUGCCUUUCGUGUUGGUUGCGUAGUACUUUUUGAAGACGAAACAUGCUGUUACAGAGUUCAGUCUGGCCUCCAACAAUGGAAGCGAGUUCGUUCCCUCACGCCAUAUGCGGGCUCUCUGCAAACCAACUUCUGCACUUGGUUCUAUUCCAACAGUGCGGAAGCGCAUCAUUGUCACUAAAACGACAUCCUUGACAUAAGUAUCCAGGGGCGUCGAACAUUAUUUCCGAAGACCUAGUUGGUGUGGUUUUUAUUGCACCAGUUAUGUUGAGGCAUAUGUCAUUCUUUGAACGCGCUCUAGUUUUUGGCUUAUAGUAGUCUGUUCGGCCUUAUGUCCCCAUAGGUAAUUAUAGGCCUGAUAAUGGUUGUAUAGAUCCAUAUAACUACCUUGGGGAAGAGUCCCCUGGUCUUACCGAGAGUACGUCUAUACUGUUCAUAGGCGAUAUAUGCUGUCUGUAUUCUCUUAACAAUAUGAGAGUCCCAUUUUAGUUUGCAAUCGAGGUUCACUCCUAGAUAUUUAACCUCUGCGGCAAAAUUGUUCGGUAUUUAAAUGUCUAGGUGCUGUUGGAAGUACCAGUUUUUUCUUUCUUGUGGAUAGGACUAUUUUAGUCUUUUUGGGGUUGAUGGACAGAGUGUCUUCCGUGGACUAUCUUUCUAUAAUUCGAAGACCAUGUUGCAUGUGUUCGCAAAGCGAGUUCUCGAAUUUACCUCUAUGCAAGACUACGUCAUCUGCAUAAGCUAUUUUGUAGUGGUUAUCAUUGUUUAGGAGGACAAUGAGGCUGUUCCACACACUUCUCUGCGGGCACCACUCCUUUAAUGUUGACGCCUUGCAAACUUAUUGGUACAAUUCUUUUGGAAAGCAUAUUGAUAAUCCAUUGGGAAAGAGUUUCCAGAGUCGGAAUGGAUGUAGAUCUUCUACUGCGAAUAUUUCCGCUUAAAAUAUGAUUGGGCUUUCUCCUUGGGCUAGUCUAGAAACAACCCCUGCUCAAGCAUCGAGUACAACAUCUGAUCUUCAUCUGCUCUGAUCAGAAGAAGUGAAAAGUGCAAGUCUCCUCGCCUUUCCUUCCCAGAGUCAAGUGUCUGCGCUGGCAUGGACACCACACCAGCGCAGCAGAAUUACCAUCUAAGCCACCCAUAAAUGAUUCACUCUAAAAGAGACAUUUUUGACUUCAACCAAAAUUAUCGUUAUUUCUGCUAGCUUGAGGUAAAAAAAAGCCUAUUGUUGAAAAAGAAUAUUUUCAAAAAUAGACUUAACUUAUUUGUUCGACACAAUUUUUUGUUCGGUGUAUAAACUGAAAUCGAUACGAAACCCUUUUUUUUUUCAAGAGGGUCCUCUUGAUGCGGAUGUCGCCAGCGCAAUAUCGUAGAUUCCAUCUCGAAAGUGAUUCAGUCAGAAAUCAGAAACCGAUGAUAUCUACUCAAAGAAAAUCGAAAGAAAAUACUUGAACGUCUGAUGCGAUGUGACUAUUUCGAUUCCAAGUGAAAAUGAUAUUAUAUAAAAUAAAUCCAGAAUGUUUAUGGUUUAUUGAAUGCAAAAAAUAGAAUUAAUUCGCACAAUAUCCUCGAACCAGAACCAAACAUUUUAUAUAAUAUGUAUGUAUGUAAAUAAUGUACAAAGUUUUAUGUAAAUAUGCUGUAUAUUGCAAACUAACCCAAAUAACUAUUACUAUUAUUUGACUGGGUACGUAUUUGAAUGUAAAUAUAAAUCUUGUUUAGCAAAUAAGUUCUUUCACAAGAAUCUCCGCCAAAAGGGCUUUCUAUUGUGUACAGAAUAACAGAAAAGUAAAUAUUUAUGUAUGCCUAGUUCACAUGAUUAAAUCGAAACGGUUUAUAAAUAAAAGACCAAUUUUCCUUUCUUUUUUUUUAGUAUUAGUAUGCUACUUUCUAAACUGUUUCGUGAAUCGUGUAACUAAAAUAUUAUAGGAAAUUAAUGUAAAUCAAAAUAAUAAACGUUUUAGCUUCAUAAGGUUUUUUGUGUUGGAUUUCUAACAUUAAUAAGUAUAUGUAUUAAAAUAUAAUGCUACAAUUAACAGUUUUUUUGUAUAAGUUUAUAAUAUGCUGUUUGACAGGGUGUGGAAAUGUUAAUUUUGAUAAUGUAUUGUUACCAAACCUAAACUGCUAGGUAAUUCAAGUGAAUUUUCAACAAGCGUUUUUCAAACUUACAAUUCUGAACAUUCAGGGUAUAAAAGAAAAGUAAGUAAACCCAACCCCCUGUAUAUUUCAGAAUUUUUGUGUGUGUUUUUUUUUUUUUAAUUUUUUGUGCAUUUUUCAUGUUUUGGAAGAAUCUCUUCAAUUGUCGAGCAGUUUAUUUAAACAAUUUAAAACACUUGUUAUUACGUAUGAUAUUUUUUAUACUUCAAUUUUUAUUAGGUAGUGGUUAUUCUUUUUACUGUUCAAAUAGAACAAUUUUAUUUUCAUAAUAUAAGUAUCAAAAAAAAAGAGAAACAGAAGUACAAAAGGUAUGUAGUUACCUAUUAUUAUUUUAAAAUAAAAACAUUCUACCUACAUUGACAAAAUUUUUAAUUUCUU